AUGUCUUUGAGAAGUAGAUUUCAAGACUUGCUUCCUAAUCUGUCUUACUUGGAAUCGGGUCUGAAGUUUCCAGGAUUCCACAGCCUCACACCAGAUAAACCUGGAGGGAUUCUAAUGAUGAAUCUAAAAGAAGAAAAACCGCGGGCAUUAGAAUUAAGAAUCAGCCGAGGCUUUAAUUUUGCUUCAUUUAAUCCACAUGGCAUCAGCACUUUUAUAGAUGACAAUGAUACAGUUUAUCUCUUUAUCGUUAACCACCCAGAAUUCAAGAAUACAGUGGAAAUUUUUAAAUAUAUAGAAGAAGACAAUUCUCUUUUGCAUAUCAAAACCAUCGAACAUGAACUUCUUCCAAGCGUGAAUGAUCUUGUAGCUGUUGGACCUACACAUUUCUAUGCCACCAAUGACCACUAUUUCUCUGAUACUUUCUUAAAAUAUUUAGAAACAUACUUAAACUUACACUGGGCAAAUGUUAUCUACUAUAGUCCAAAUAAAGUUAAAGUCAUGGCCGAAGAAUUUGAUUCAGCAAGUGGGAUCAGUAUUUCACCUGAUGAGAAGUACAUCUAUGUUGCUGACAUAUUGGCUCAUGAAAUUCAUGUUUUUGAAAAACACCCGAGUAUGAAUUUAACUCAGCUGAAGGUUCUCAAGUUGGAUACACUGGUGGAUAAUUUAUCUACAGAUCCUUCCUCUGGGGACAUCUGGGUCGGCUGCCAUUCCAAUGGCCAGAAGCUCUUCGUGUAUGAUCCCAACAAUCCUCCUUCAUCUGAGAGGCCUGAUGGCAUCAGACUAUUCCGAAGAAGGGGCUACCUCCGAGACAUUCCCCUUCUAGGAAUCUUAGACACUUGA